AUGGCCUCCCCGCCUUACGCUGCACGUUUCCGAGACAAACUUCAUGAUGAGAAGAGGUCUCUCGAUCAAGCUGUGGCUGUGCCAUUAUCACAGCGAAAGAGAUGGCCUUUAGAAAGACUCAAGAAUCGCCACAUCUCGAACCCUUGUGCUUGUGCUCUCCAUCAAUCCUCCCCAUCCACAAUGGCUGAUAUCGUACUCGGAACCGUCGGCGUCAUCCCCGUCAUCGGGGCUGCCAUCGCAACGUACCGACAGCUCGACUCGCGCCUCAAGGUCUUCAACAACCACUCCGAAGCCCUGGACCGUAUGGCCAAGAGUCUGGACCGCAACUAUACCAUGUUCCAGCUCGAGUUUUACCAGCUGCUACGGUUCGCCUUCUCGGACAGGACUAUACAGCGGAUGAAGACGGAUCAGGGUUGCAAGGAGUGGAAGGAGUGCGAGGUGUAUGAGGCACGGAUGCGGAGGGGUCUUGGGGGCAGCUACAAGUCCUGCAAGAUCUUGGUGGACGAUAUUGCGGCUGCCCUGAACAGCUUCGCCGAGAAGCUAAACACGUGUGUGACAGUGGAAGAGGAAGACCAGCAAUCCAACAAGGGAAGCGAGACAAUGACCAAGUUCCUGCUACGCUGCCGAGUGACGCUGCUCGCUCCAGCGCUCGAUGGCAUCAACAGCCGGCUCCGUGAGCUUCUUCAGGACCUGACGUCUCUGCGGGAGAAGAUGGAAGCUCUUAGCAGAGCUCACCCGUCGGGUGGUGCUCUGCGGCUGCUCUCGUGGGUGGUUGCUGAGAGGUUUGAUCGAGGUGCUGAGAAGAGCAGCGAGGGCACGGCAGCUUGA